GCUACAGAGUUGAUGGCCGUGGCUGCGGCAAGCACGGACCCCUGCCCGACUACUCUAUACUCUAUAUAAGCGAGUGCCUUGCUCUCCGUUCGUUGCGCUCCGUCGAUACUCUCGGUAGAACCUGAGAAAGGUAUGGCCAACCAGCUUAAAUCGCCCCUUGCCCGAGACCUCUUCUUUCUGCUCUCUUAUACAGCUGCGGUAGUAGCAGCAUCUUCUCUGCCACAACAGUCCUUCAAGCCCAGCCAAGAACAUACUGUUUCCUCUGAUUAUCCACGGCCACAGGACUUCCAAAAUGAGAGACUCUACCAAGCCUACUCCGUCAUCCAGCACUUCAAGAAAACUAUCACAUCUGACCCCAUGAAAAUUACCUCCACUUGGACCGGCCAUGACAUCUGUGGCGAGAACACCUACGUCGGCUUCCACUGCACAGCACUGCCGGGGCACGGCCAGAACCUCACCGUCACAUCGGCCGUUCUCAACGGCUUUGGCCUGUGUGCACCGCAGCUGCAAGGCUUCAUUGAUCAGCUCCCAGACCUUGCCCUCUUCCAGGCCACCUCCAACAACUUCGGCGCCUUCGAUGUCCCCAACCUUAGUGGACUCACCUACCUAUACAAGCUCGACGCCAGAGACGACCACUUUGCACAGUCUUUAAGAGGACGAGGGCGUGAUUUCAGUCUACCAACUAAGAUCGCGCACCUCAAAGGUUGCAUUCUCGGUAAACUCGCCUGUGCGGGUUUGGAUGUAGGCAGUGUAUCCCUCGUUGAACGCACGCCUCAAAGUGGAGUCAGUCAUGGUGCCACGAACGCUACGGCGCUACUCCUCAACUACAACAACCUGUCGGGGCCACUUCCGGCGAACAUUGGGUUCUCCAAGUUGAGCUAUCUCGCCGUCGCCAACAACAAGCUCACAGGUCCAAUCCCACCAUCAAUCGCGCACAUGCAAGACUCCCUUCUCGAGAUGCUCCUCAUCAACAACCAACUCUCCGGCUGCCUCCCCAACGAGAUCGGCAUGCUCACCAAGACCACCGUCAUCGACGCCGGCAUGAACCAGCUCACCGGCCCGAUCCCUUCAUCCUUCUCGUGCCUCAGCAGCGUCGAGCAGCUCAACCUGGGCGGGAACAGCCUGUACGGGCAGGUCCCCGACGCGCUCUGCAAGCUGGCCGGACCGGCCGGCCGCCUCGCCAACCUCACGCUGUCGGGCAACUACUUCACGUCGGUCGGACCGGCGUGCUCAGCGCUCAUCAAGGACGGCGUGCUGGACGUGAAGCACAACUGCAUUCCCGGCUUCGCCAACCAGAGGGGCCCGGCGGAGUGCGCCUCGUUCCUGAGCCAGCCCAAGACGUGCCCGGCGGCGAGCGCUCGCGUGGCGUGCCCCGCCGCGGACGCCAAGAUAAACGCGGCGGCGCCGGAGGGGAGGGUGGCCAAGGACUACUCCAGCUACGUGGUGUACGCCACUCUGCAUGAGUGAGGUGGCAGCGCAUGCAGUGGGGACGCCGUGCCUAGCUACAUCGUCGGUAUUUGCUCUUGUAUUCUUGUAUGUGUUUGGUGUUGUUGUGCACGUGAUUGCUGUUUGUUUUCUUUGUACGUGUGGCUGUCGGGUCUAGAUCUCGGCUCUUGUGUGUGUUGUCCUGCUACGUCAGUCAGUUCUGUGGCAGUAAAUUAAUUUGGAUUGUAUCUUGCAUGUUUCAACUAUAUAUUUGUUGGCUGCAUAUUUCAAUUAUGUGAUGUUGGAAUUAUGUGAA